AAGUCUCGCUUCCUCCUGUCUGAAGAUUUCCUGUCUCACUGUGACUCAUGUCGUCUGUCUCUCGUGUGAAGGAGGAUCCGAAUCACGCCGAUAUAAAAGCCUCGAUCCGGAUUGAAUCUCGUUGAGACUGAUGGGACUGUGAAUAGAUGUGUGAUGGAGAGAUUCUGUGGCUUUAGAUCGCUUCUGCUCGGAUGUUUUCUGAUGUCCGGUGCAUCCCUUCAUUCAGCCAAUCCGCAUAGUGUGUGUAAGUCAUGUGAUCCUCGGCCAGGCAGCUGCAUGUUCCAGCACUGUUCAUCAAACUGUGACGUGUCACAGAUCUGCCCAAAUCCACAGGACGUCUGCGCUGCUGUCUGGUGGAGAGAUGAUGGAGUUGUCACUAUAGAAACCAUGUGUCAUGACCCGACACAGCCGCUGUACGGUGUGAUGCUGGAGGACGUCAGCACUUCUGACUGUUUGUUGACAUCCAAACAUGUAAGAGGUCGUGACGUCCGUCUGUGUGCCUGUACAGGAGACGAAUGCAAUGAACGUGUGCUCCUCAGUAAACCGUCAAUCCCAGAUCAAACCAAAUCAUCUUUAGAAAAAAUCAAAAGGCCUUUCAAACUCUCACAGCUUUGUAAGUUUUGUGACAUUCAGUCUACAACCUGCAACGACACAGGAAUCUGUAAAUCCCAAUGCGAUAUUUCGGCCAUCUGCGACAGUCCCAAUGAAGUGUGCGUCAGUGCAUGGAGGAGAAAUGACGGGAAUACUGUUGUGGAGACUGUGUGUCAUGAUCCAGCGCUUCCGUUUCGUGGACAAUAUCUACAGAGUGUGGAUUAUAACAGCGACAGAUGUCUGAUGAAACAAGUGAAGAGUUUAGAGAACUUCUACAUCUGCUCCUGUAACUCUGAAGAGUGCAAUGAUAAACUCAUCUUUACUGAAACUUCUUCACCAGAUGAAGAGAAGAAAGAAGUUCUGCCUGUGUUGUUGGUCAUUCUGGUUCCUCUCUUGAUCACCGUUCUCGUUAUCGUCUCGUUCUUCUACUGGUAUCACGUUUGCCGGCAGCUCAAGGUGAUCGAUCACAAGAGGAAAGGAAUGGACAGCGAGACCUACGCCAUCAUCGGCCACGAUGACAACCGUUCUGACAGCAGCUCCACCAACGCCAACAAUCUGAACCAUAACACGGAGUUGUUGCCAAUCCAUUUGGACAGUGUUGUCGGCAAGGGUCGUUUCUCUGAAGUCUACAGAGCCAAACUCAAGCAGGGGGUCACGGGCACUGGUGAACCCUUCCAAACCGUCGCUGUAAAGAUCUUUCCCUAUGAAGAAUACAUAUCGUGGAAAACAGAAUGGGAGAUUUUCUCUGACGUGGAGCUUCGUCAUGAGAAUAUUUUGCACUUCUUGACCGCCGAGGAUCGAAAGGUGGAACGGCAGUAUUGGCUGAUAACGGCCUAUCACGAGCUCGGGAACCUGCGGGAGUUUCUGUCCCAUCACAUCGUGAGCUGGGAGGAGCUUUGCCGAUUGGCCGGGUCAGUGGCGCGGGGCGUGGCACAUCUACACAGCGAGCAGACGACGUGCGGGAGAGCAAAAGUACCAAUCGUGCAUCGAGACCUGAAGAGCUCCAACGUUCUGGUCAAGACGGACCUCACCUGCUGUCUGUGUGACUUUGGACUUAGUCUGCGACUGGAUAGCGCAAUGUCUCCUGAAGAACUCGCAAACAGUGGACAGGUUGGCACAGCAAGAUAUAUGGCUCCCGAAGUGCUGGAGUCCCGAAUGGACCUGGAGAACACUGAAUCCUUCAAACAGGCUGAUGUUUACUCUAUGGCUCUUGUUCUGUGGGAGAUCACGUCCAGGUGCAGCGUGAUUGGAGAUGUAAGGGAAUAUAAACCUCCGUUUGGGACGCUCAGGGAACAUCCGUGUAUAGACAGCAUGAAAGAUCAUGUGAUCAGAGAUCGACAAAGACCAGAGAUGCCAGCCACCUGGAACAGCCACACGGGUGUUCAGUUAUUGAGUUCUACUAUAGAGGAGUGUUGGGAUCAUGAUCCGGAGUCGCGUCUCACAGCUCAGUGUGUCGUGGAGCGUUUGAAUGACAUCAGCAGUAUGAUUGAUGUCCUCCCCAUCAUCUCAGAGCAGAAGACCUCAGAAGAUUCUGGAAACUAAAUCAAUACCGUUUCAUUACGACGUGUGCUUUCUGAUCUCUAUGUAAACAGUGUUUCAAACCAAAGAGUGUUUCUUAACUCCUUAGCCAAUAGGAGAAGAGCAGUCAUACCCAAUGGAUUCUGGGAUAUGAUGGAUUCAUAACAUUCAUUUUGUCCUUUGAGUCGACAUGAAAAUAAUGUGAUUGAAAACUUUACAUCUGUGCCAGUGACUCUUAAUGAAUGAUUAUUGAGCCGGACAUUUUUCAGAUAGCCCUACAUAAAGGGAAAACAUUAAAUAUUAAAAAAACAUAUUAUAAGCAUAUUAAGAUGAAAUUGUAGCAAAACUAUGUUUGUGAUCAAACAGUGGAUCUCUAAUAACUUUGGUACACUUUAUCCCAAAAGACAUUUGUGACCCUGUCUAUAAAAACCAAGCUAAAGUUUUAUAAUCUAAUGAUGAGAUGAGGAGCAUCAAAGUUUGAUUACACAUUGAUUACAAUCUUUGACAUGAUCUUAAUCAAGUCAACAUUAAUGUCAAGAUUAUAUUUUCACAGAAUGUUCUUUACAUUAUGUAGGAUGAUCACCAAAAAAUGACUUUAGUUGGGUUUUCACAGACAGGGUCACAUUUAUAAAUGUGCUGCAUUUUCACACUCGUGAUGCUGUUUAUCCAACAAAUGUGAACAAAGCUGUCAUUUAACCUGAUCAAUUCUGUAUUAUACAAAGAUGUGUUUAUCAGUAUCUCAUUAUACACACCAGGUCAAAAACUUCCCAAACAGCAAAAACAUACAUUUCUUUGGCCAAAAAUAUAUUUUAAAUAUAUGCUAAAUCCAUUUUUUUUUUUGCCCGCCACCACCGCUUUGGAGGACAACUUUUUUUGCUAAAUCCAUUUUGUAGAAAGCAAUGCUCAGUUAAAUAUAUAUUUGAAUUUGGAAAUAUAUUUAGUUUUAACCUUCAUAUAUCAGCAUAUAUUUCAAAACGUAUUCAAAGCAAAUACUUUUCUCAUUUUACAUCCCAUAUGGCAAAAAUUUAUUAUUUGUCAAAAUAUAUUUUAAAUAUAUGCUAAAUACAAGUACAUUUUAUAAAGUAUAUUUUUAAAGUUAAAACUAUAUUUAAUUUUAACUUUUUUAAAACUGUUAUGUUUACAGGUUCCUAACAUAAACAAAGUUUUUCUUCCAAUGCGACGUGAAUAUAUUUCCUUGGAUUUAAAUAUAUAGAAUCAAUAUUUUACAAUCUAUGUGUAAAAUAUAUUUCAAAAUAUACGAAAAAUAUAUCUGUGAAAAAUAUGUUUGUAAACAUAUUCCAAAACAUAUUUUAGCAAAUAUAUUUUUGGCCAUUUUUCUAUAUUUUGAAAUAUAUUUAAAAAAUAUAUAUUUUUUGCGGUAUGGGUUGGAUUUUAUUGUUAGUAUUAUAUUUCUCAGGUAUUCCAAACAGUAUCCAGGAUAAAACUUAUAAAAAGCAAAUGUUUUUUUAUUCGUGACAUGUAUCAAUGUGUAUGUUGGUUUAAAUAACCUUUAUAAAUCAUAAAAUCACUGA